AAGGUUACAGAUUAUAGAUUUUUGCGUCAACGGCAAGUGGCGAAUUGUGAAUGUUGAUUUGAUGAUUGUUGUUUUUGUGGCUUAACAUCGAUUGUGAUGAAAUAGUUAUGAAUUUCUAGAGAAUUGUAAAAUAAUUAAAAAAAUGGGGAUAUUUAUGUCCUGUUGUAAGCCCUCGGCGUCGGAUGUUAUAACUCCAGAUGCCGAGACAAGACGUCGUCAGCAAGUGGAGGCAGCAGAGAAGCGAAGAGCUGAGGAGGCUGCACGUGGGGUGAAGGACCCAGAAAGAGUGAAGCGCAUGCAGCAGAGAGCAGAGGAGAUGGAGCGCAGGGAGCAAGAACUGCAAAAGGAGGGGGGAGCUACCCUGAAGUGGACGGCCGACUGAGAUGAGGCCCCACGGGAAGGGGGAAGUGGUCAGCAAACGAAAAAUGAUAAAUAUAAAUACAAAAAUUGAUGUUCUUUACCUCACUUGAAUUGUCGGUGUACUUUGACAGGCUACGGAUUUGGCACACCUGGAAUAACCUCUUCUGCACAAUGUGUCAAA